CAUAUAAAUAAUAGAUUUAUCAUUGGGAGCAUCUUUGUAAAGGAGGAAAAGUCAAUAAUCAUUCGUCAAAGAUGGGUCGUUCUAUCCACAUCGCUGUUUUCAUCGCUUCUGCGUUCUUUCUUAUGUACACCUCAGCAGAGGUAACAGAGACGAACAGUGAGUCCCGGUUGAACCUCGUCUUGAAAAAUUUAACAACCGAAAUUUCCGGGAUCUCAGACAGGUUGAAAAAUAUGAGAAAAAUCGCCAAAAGCUCAGAAGAGACAUCAGCCAGCGUAUCUAAAGAAGUUAGCUUAGAUGCUGGAGUCGCCAAAACCAAUGUGACAUAUGAAGAGCUUAUCAAAAGGACUGAAGACGCCAGGAAAAAGGUCAAAGAAAUGCAAGCACUGCUCAAAUCGGUUUCGACUAAAAUGGACACAAUACUCAAGAAAGAAGACAUCAAAAAUGAAAUGUAGGAUAGAGCGUUGGAGUUAACAUUUUGAAAAAAAAAAUUUGUAAGAAUCCUUAUAUUGUCAUUAGAACACAAACCAAUGAACUUUUGAACCAGCUUAUUAAAAUAGCGUCUACUGAUUUUCCAAAUUAUAA